CUAAUGCUAAUCACUUAUCAGUAGACGUAUUCUUGUGUGUUUAUGGUUGCUGCUCGUCAAUUAUUAUUUCUUAUUGUGAAUAAUAAAAAAUACUUGUCUAAAUUUCCAAUGCCCAAUGGUAGAAUAUUGUAAAAAUCUCAGAUCGAGUAAAAAUAUACACAUCAAUUUUUCAACAAAAACUUUUCGGAAUGAACAUUGGUAAUUAAGUAUUAAAAAAAAAUAUGUCCACAUUUAGAAAGCAUACACAAAAUGAGGAAUUUUCUAAAAUGUUCGCUUUUAGCACUGAGUGGCAUUUACCAGAUAUAAAAUACAUGUUCAUAGAAUGUCUAUGGCAGAUAGAAAAAUUACAAGAUCAAAAAAAUAAAUUAAACUUAGUCAAACAUAAGUUAAACGAAUUUGAAUUAGAUAAAUGGCACGAGCAUACAGCUAAAAUGAAUCCUGCAGGAUUAGUCAUGAAUCAUGUAAGAAAACAUAUACAUCCUGAUUUUUUAACUCAAGCGUGGUGUAAAUUUUAUGAAAUAUUAUGUAGUUCGUCAUUAUUUCACCAAGAUGCGUUACUUAAAGGUAAUAUAUUUACUGUGCAUCUAUGUGAAGCUCCUGGAGCGUUUGUAUCUGCUCUUAAUCACUUCAUGGCUCUUAAUUACAAUUCUGUGAGGUUUGACUGGCUGGCAAUGACAUUGAAUCCUUACCACGAGUCAAACGGUCAUCCUCAUAUUGUUAGUGAUGAUCGAUUGAUAUUAAAUACCAUGGAGAACUGGGAAUUCGGGCCAGACUACACAGGCGAUAUUUUUCAAUCAAGAUAUCAUGAACACCUUUACGAGACAGUAUUAGAAAAAUUUGGUGGUGAUGUUAGUUUAGUGACGGCUGAUGGAAGUAUAGACUGUUCAAAUGACCCAGGAGAGCAGGAGAAUAUUGUAAUGCGUUUACAUAACUACGAAAUGAUGGUAGCCCUGAAUAUUUUACAGGAUAGGGGCUCAUUAGUGUUAAAAAUGUUUACCAUGUUCGAGUGCAAUACUAUAUGUAGAAUGUAUCUACUUUGCUGCCUUUUUGAAUCGGUAGUUGUUAGGAAACCAGCUACGAGUAAAUCUGGAAAUUCAGAAGUGUAUGCCGUAUGUACGGGAUAUAAAGGGAAAUCCAUGGCAUUACCUUUCAUACGUACAUUUUUCACAAAUGACCACAAAAACGCUAUGUUCCCCCUAAAUCAAAUACCUUGUGAUUUCAUCGAUGAGUUAUACAAAUGUUCUAAAUAUUUUACCGGCUUACAAAUUACAACAAUUGAAAACAAUAUUAAAUCAUGGAAUAGGAAAGAUGAUGGUUAUUGUGAAAUGAAUGCUGUCCAGUGGCUCACGUGUCAAGAGUUUAUUACCAGAUAUAAACUGAAGGCAAUUCGGUGGGAUCAAGAGUUGAUCUCAUCAGGUAAUUGGUCAAAAGUCAUAACUAAAUCAAAAAAGAUCAGUCUAUCAUAUGCAGAAAAAAUACGACGGCGUAAUUUGAACCUACGAGAAGAAGCUGCAUUAUUAUAUCAAGAAAUCAUAAGCCGAGAUGACUGGAGUAGGGGUAGAUGCAAGGACAUUUUAUGGGGACGGCGCGACCAGAUAAGCUUAAAUAUUUCAGAUGUUCGAUUCCGUAUGGGAAAGCCGGUGACAGAGGUUCGAGGCUCGAAGUUUUGCAACGAAUUAUUACUUCAACAUAGAUAUAAGAUUACAACAACAUUUCCCUGGGUUAGUAAUGAAAAUAACACCGAAUCUCGGAGCUUGUAUUUUAAAACUAAACUUAACUAUUACCAGUCAAAACUUACUAUUUGUGACUUAACAGACAUAUGCACCGAAAAUCGCAAUGAUAACGUUGUACAACAAUUUAAAUGUUUGAACGUCAUUAUCGAUACAUUGCGACAAACUUCAGGAGAUUUGUUACUUAUUGGUUAUCCGCUUUAUACCCAAAUGGCAGUGGCUUGUUUUUUCGCGAUUGCGAGUAUGUUUGAAAUGUUUGGUAUAAUGAAGCCUGACAACCAAUUUGGCCAUGCCUUUAUAUUUCUAACGUUUAGAAACCACACCAAAUGGCUUGACAUGUUAAUUAAGGCAACAGAUCAUGUGUUACCAAACAACGGUUCUGGAUUAGCUUUGGUUUCGUGGCUACCGAUCAAGUUACUUCUAAAACAAAAGGCUUAUCCUGAUAUAGUAGCUUUAAAUAAUGUAUGUAUUAUAAACGAAGUUGAACCGAUUUUAUCGUCUUAUGUUAAAACUGAAUUUUAAUAUCAUUUUUGUUUUCAAGAAAAAAAUAUAUGCAUCUUAAAAUUUUAAUUUAACUUGCAACUUAUUAUAUCAUAUCCUUUUUGUUUAUUAAUUAAUAAGUAGCAAUAUGAUGAAUAACGUGUUACGUGGAUUCAAAAACUGAAUAAACAUAACUACACUGGAGUAACGUGAUAAAGUCAAUAUAAUACUAUACACUAUUAAAUUUUGGAAACGCCCAUGUGCCGUCCGUCAUCGUGAGGAGGAGAUUUUUUUUGAAAAAUUAUGCUUAAUCUUAUAAAAAUUAAACCUAGCUAAAGGCAAUCUUAGGAUAUUUUGCAUAAUAAAUUAUUAAAAUAGGUCCAGCAGUUAAUUAGGUAAGUUGGGAAAAACGUAAAUAUUAUGUUUCACCGAAAUGUAUUACUCUCUUCCUUUCAUAGUUAGGUAAAAAUUAUUUUAUGUCUAACAAACUGUAUUAUUUUAUCUUUAUUGUUAGUAAUAUUAAUGGUCUAAUAAAAAAAAACCGGUAAUAUAACAUGAAAUACAAUGCGUACAAAAAGUAAAUACUUAAAUUACUUAAUAUAAAUUUGACAUUUCUGUAGGGCUUUUUACAUACCCGAAUUUCAUUAAUUUAAGAAAACGUACUGUAGGUAACUAUAUUAUGAGCCAAACUCAGUAUCAACUAGUACUGUAUACAAUUUGCAAAGUAGUCAAACAAUUAAAAAAAAAUAACCUCGUGACAUUGAAACUGCGACUAAAUUAGAAUCUCUACAGUCGACACAACCGGGUUAGUCAAACAUGUCUAACUAAAAUCCUUUCGGAUCUAUUUAGGUGGCCACUCCAUCUGAUCGCCUGAGUCCUGACUGACUGAAUAAAUUGGAUCGUGUGUUAGGUGGACUAGGCUUAUUAGUUGCGGUCUUAAGGCGUUAGUGUAUAAAGCCCAGUCCAUACUAACUACUAAGUGACAGCAUUUAGAAACCUACUAUGUUACUUCCUAAUUGCUUUUAUCUUUCGAUUUGAGGGAUGGAGGGGAUUUUUUUCCAUUUUAAUCCUCUCGAUUACCAACUAGAUUGAUUGAUUUAUGUACUACUCACGUUAUCAAAAUGUUAGUUGUUUUUUAAUUGUAAAAAUGGUACAUAUUUGUGUACUGUUAUCUAUUAUUAACUACUUAUACAUAUUUGAUAUUCUCGUAGAUCAUGUAAUCACUGAAAUAAGUCGUUUUUAAUACUUUGAUCAACUUAGUAAAAUGGUAUGUACCUAUUACAUAACAGUCGGAUCCUAAUCCCCACAAAUAAUGUGUUACUAUUAACAGGAAAAUAAUUAUAUAAAUAUAAGAUAGGAACAAAUAUGUUAUUAUAAAGAUCCAAUUACAGUUUACAAAAAAAAUGAAUGUAUGCAUAUUUAUCUUGUUCUGUGUAUCUGGAAUACUUUAAUAAUUAUUGACAGAAUAUAAAGCAAUGUAAAUCAAAUUUAAAAAUGUAUAUAAUAAUAAUUAGUGAUAACACAUAGUGAUAGAUAGGUGCCUAUCAAAUAGUUAAGUAUAUAAUAUACGUGAAAUCAUAAAGUAAGUUAACUAAAUGUAUGUGAAAUUGUAAUUUAAAGCGAGAUAAAGAAUUUUUUUUUUAAAAUUGCUCUGAUGGGCAUCAGUUUAAAUCCGGUUCGUUUGUCCGCCUAUUGUAUUGCGCGCAAAGGCAUAUUGGAAAUUUUCAUUUCGGUACAAAUUAUGUAAUGUAUAAAUAAUCUCGAAUAUACAGUCAUUGUCUACAAAAUACCAUCGAUCAGUUACAGUUUUUUUCUUUCAACACUCAAUUUAUGCAGACCCUUUGUGUACAGCUAAAGAAAACAAGAAGGUACUUACAUUGAACAUAAAAAACAA